AUGAGUGUUGAUGAGAUUGACGCCUUUCGCGCCGAGCUUCUUCGGCAAAAGAUAAUUUUUGAGGCGGAACUUCGCCGGCAGAGGGAGACCUUCGAGGAGCGGCUCUCGCGGAUGGCGCAGGAGUUGGCCGAUAGAGAAGCCGACUGCCGCAACCUCCAAGCCGUGGUGACGAUUUUAGGGAAAAAAAUGGAGUCCUUGGCGGACAGGCGCGCCGCAACGCCGCACCGCCGUCCCUCCCCGGCCAGACCGGCGUCCUGCGCCGUCGCACAGGGGGAGCAGGCGGUGCCAUUGCGGACAACGAGCCCCUCCACACGGCGAACGUCUCCGUUCCGACGCAACAGCAACUCCUCCGCUCCCGCCCCCGGGGGAAGCCUCUCGGCCUUCCGUGCGCCAAGCCUCAGCAGCAUAAAAAGCUGCCAGAGCAGUCCGGCACGCGCCGCCAACGGUCGACGACCGAGACUUGGGAAUGACGACGCGGCUGAGCAGCACCUCCUCUGUAGAGGCAUUAGCGGCACACGUUUGCAGAAAUUGCGGCCAGCGGAAGCUUGA